AUGGGAUCAAAGAAAUUCUCUGCUUUUCCAGAUGGGAACUCAUAUGUUCAUUUCAAUAAUACCAUAAAUCGUUUAAUUAUUGCCAAUAGUGAAGGGUUAAUUAAAGUUUUCAAUACUGAAGAUUCUGAAUCAGAACCAAUUUCUAUCGAUAUUUUGGAUAAUUUAACUUCAGUCACUUCUAAUGGUGAUAAAAAUCUUGUAUUAACGACUACUGAUGGUAAAUUGGAACUUGUUGAUUUGACUACUAAUACUUCAAAGGGAGUAUUGCAUAGAUCUGAAUUACCUUUACGUGAUACUGUUUUCAUUAAUCAAGGAAAUCGUGUUUUAUGUGGUGGAGAUGAAAAUAAAUUGACUAUUAUUGAUUUACAAACUAACGAUGAAGAUGAUAAUAAAAUUACUAAUAUAACAUUACCCGAUCAAUUACUUAAUAUUUCAUAUAAUUAUGCUGGUGAAUUGGCUAGUGUUAGUUUGUCUAAUGGUGAUGUACAAAUUUAUUCGGUGGUUAAUGAACAACCUAAUUUAUUACAUACUUUGAAGAAUAUACUUCCGAGUAAAAUUCAUGUUUCUAUGGAUAAAGUUGAUUUCAAUGAAGAGCACCAUGAUGAGUUGUUAAGCACUUCUACUGAAUGGUCUCAAAAUGGACAAUAUUUACUUGUACCUACAGUGGACAAUAGUAUUCAAGUUUAUGAUAGACAAGAUUGGAAUAAUCCAAUUAAAAAUUUUAAGAAUGAUAGUGGGAAAAUAAUUGAUUUCAAAUUACUGCCAUUGGGAAAAUUGGCUAUUUUAUCAUUGAAUGUGUUUAAAGUAUUUGAUUUUGAUUCAGGUAAACUUAUCCAUGAAGAUGAUUUUGAUUUUGAUGAAGAUGCAUAUCCAUUGAAUUUAGAUUGGAAAGAUGGUACAUUAUUUGUUGGAAGUACUAAUGGGGAAACAUUACAAUUGGAUAAUGUUGUUCUGAAGUCUAAAGAUGUAUUGACAAGUUUGUUUGUUAGUGAUGCCGAAGAUGAUGAAGCAGAGGAACCAAUAGAUGCCGGUAAUGAAACCGAUGAGUUGUUGCGUAAAUCAGAUGAUGAACAAGAUAUUGAUGAUUUGGAAAAUGAUGAUAUUGACAUUCGUAAAAAACGUCGUAACAAUUUGAAACUCCAUGAAGAAGAUGAUUUAGUAAUUGAUGAAGAAGAAGAUAUUGAACCAGCAUCAAGAAAUGGUAAUGUAUACAGAAGUAAUGGACAUAAAAGAUUCAAAUCUAGUUCACCAUCUGUUGCAGUUGUAAGUAAAAUCAAACCAUAUUCACCAGGAUCAACUCCAUUUGAAAACAAGGGUGCUUCUAUUGAUAGAAGAUAUUUGACAAUGAAUAAUAUUGGGUACGCUUGGAUUGUGCAAAAUAAAGAUGGUAGAAAUACCAGUUCAACCAACAAUAACAGUAUAACAGUUUCCUUUUUUGAUAGGGCACUACAUAGUGAAUAUCAUUUCACUGAUUAUCAUAAUUUUGAUUUAGCGUCCAUGAAUCAAAGAGGGAUCUUACUAGGUUCAAGUGAAUCAGGAUUACUCUAUUAUAGAUCACACAAUGAAGCAACAAAUGAUCAAUGGGAAAGGAAAUUGCCUUUGUUACCUGGUGAAUACCUUACUAGUAUUUGUAUCACUGAUAUGAAAUCAGCAAAUAAUACAAUUAUCAUAGGAACAAGUUUAGGAUAUUUAAGAUUUUUCAAUCAAUUUGGAGUUUGUAUAAAUGUUAUGAAAGUAUUACCAAUUAUCACAUUAAUUGCAUCGGCCACAAACAAUUUAUUUAUGAUUAAUCAAGUUUCUUAUAAUGUUUAUUCAUACCUGAUAAUUGAUAUUAAUCAAGAUUAUAAAUAUAUCCAACACAAUUCACAAAUGCCAAUAAAAGAAGCGGCCCCAUUAAUUAAAGGUAUUUUCUUCAAUGAAUUUAAUGAUCCAUGUAUUGUUGGCGGAGAAGAUGAUACUUUAUUGGUGUUACAAUCAUGGAGAGAUUCACAAAAUGCCAAAUGGAUACCUAUUUUGAAUUGUCAAUUAGCAUUAACUGAAUAUGGAUCUAAUGAUAAUAAGAAAAACUGGAAAUGUUGGCCAUUAGGUUUGGUGAAUGAUAAAUUAAACUGUUUAAUUUUAAAGAAUAAUAAUCAAUAUCCCGGAUUCCCAUUACCUUUACCUAUUGAAUUAGAUAUUGAAUUGCCUAUCAAAUUAAAACACGAAGAAGAUGAAGCCGAAGAGAACUUUUUACGUUCUUUAACCAUGGGUAAAUUAAUUACUGAUUCAUUGAAUGAUGAAUUAAAUGUUGAUGUUGAAGAAGAUGAAGUCAUGGAAAGAUUAAAUCAAUACAGUAUAUUAUUUGAUAAAUCAUUAUUGAAAUUAUUUGGGGAAGCUUGUAAAGAAAGUAAGCUCGGUAAAGCAUUCAGUAUUGCAAGACUUAUCAAAACCGAUAAAGCAUUAUUAGCUGCUUCAAGAAUAUCCGAAAGAAUGGAAUUUUUAAACUUGGCUACUAAAAUUGGUCAAUUAAGAGAUCUGUUGGUUGAUAUAGAUAGUGAUUAG